AUGUAUUACAAUGAAGCGAAACCACGACGUCUAGGCGAGCGGCUAAAUUCGGGGAAGAUCAACAAGAAGCUUUACAAGAGCCUCGAGCAGCUGAAGCGCCAUGACCCGAGCGUGGAGGUGUCAAAGGAGCCGACAAAGUUCCUCUUCGUCGCAAACAGCAGCGUUUUAUGUGGCGUUUCACUGGAAGAGCUGCAGAAGAUUUUCGGCGAAUUCGACGACGACGCCCAGUUUAUCGUCUUCCCGAACAAGAGGGCGUAUUCUUUCGUGGAAUUCAGUGAGAUUGAGAAGGCUGAAAAGGCGUUGCUGGAUCUAAAUGGUUUUGUUCACCCGCUGCUCGAGAAGUCUCACCUACCAUUCGUGAUGACUUACGUAAAAAAUCUGCCAACAACAGAAGAUGCGAGUUCCGGUCAAGGACCAGCCGGCCUGAAGAUUAUUUCGGAUUUUCUGGAAAAAGACGAGCAGGACGCUUUGAUAGAAUUGGUCACGAAUCACCCAGAAAAUAAUCGUCUGAAAAACCGCUCCGUCUUCCACUACGGGCACGAGUUUGACUAUUCGAGCAAUACGUCGUUCAAGCCUUGCACACCGAUUCCGGAAAUCUUGUCCAGCCUCGUGGAGAAGCUGCGGAUACGUGGAUAUACAGAUUUUAAGGCCGACCAGAUUACCGUAAACGUGUACGAGCCUGGACAAGGAAUUCCGCCACACUACGACACUCACUCGGCUUUUGAGGAGCAGAUUUUCUCGGUCAGCCUGUUGAGCGACGUUGUCAUGGAAUUCAGAGACGGCGCCAAUUCCGCGAACAUCCUCAGCGUCCUUCUGCCCACCAAUUCUUUGACGAUAAUUCAAGGGGAAAGCCGAUAUCGAUGGAAGCAUGGGAUCGCCAAUCGAAAAUACGACAUCAACCCGACAACCGGUCGAUUAUUCCCCCGAGCCAAGAGGAUAUCGAUUACGCUCCGGAAAAUUCGAACGAUCCCUUGCCAAUGUGCAUGGAAGGAGUACUGCGAUUGGGAUAGAGAUGGUGAAAUGAGCGUCCCAAAAAGCGAAAAUUCCGCCAGGCAACUCGAGUCGGCCUACGUAACCGACGUCUACGAAGAGAUUGCCUCGCAUUUUGAUGAAACAAGACACUCGCAAUGGAAAGCGGUGGAACGAUUCCUUUCCUCACUCGACCCCUAUUCUACCGUCUACGACGUUGGCUGUGGCAAUGGGAAAUAUCUACUCGGAAAAAAUGAUUUGUUAAAGAUUGGCUGUGAUUUAUGCAUGGGACUGUGCCAAAUCGCUUUCAAAAAGGGCUGUAUGGUGGCAAGAGGGAAUGGGCUGGCCGUGCCCUUUAGAACUGGAGCAGAUGCCGUCGUUUGUAUAGCCGUGCUUCAUCAUUUAUCAUCAGCGGAAAGGCGGCUAGACAUGGUCCGCGAGCUCCUAGCUCUACUCCGAAUCCGUGGCCGGGCUUGUAUUACAGUGUGGAGCAUGGAUCAAUCAGAUUCUGAAUACGCAAAGAUGCGCGAGAAUAAAACAGAAGAAGUCGCACCGGAAGUUGCCGAUGCGGCAAAAGAAAAAGAAGAUGCCAGUCGUUUGAAAGUGCAUGAUGGAAAAGUCUUCACCCAGCAAGAUCUCCUGGUCCCCUGGCAAAUUGAGGGGGGAGUGAAGGAAAAUCGCGGCAAGACGUAUUUGAGAUUCUACCACGUUUUCGACGAGGGCGAGCUGGAAGCGCUUUGCCUUGCUGCUGGCAACUGCCAAAUCGAAAGCCUCACCCGUGAACAAGGAAAUUUGAUUGUUGUCGUUAAAAAACAAGCUUAUCUUUUGCGCGGAUAUCUGUUUCGUUGUGCCUUUUCAAAGGAGCGGGCGUGCCGAGGCGCCAGAUGUCGCCCAAAGGGGGAUAUUUCGAACACUAAUAGUCACCCAGCAAUGGCUGACCCAAAAGAAGAGAAGGAUGUCGGCUGGAUGUACCAGGGCGUCAAAUCGGACGUGAAUCGCGAGGAUUAUUUGCUGGGAAAGCGGAUUGACAAAAACUUCACAAAAUAUUCGGAUGCUGUUGUGCAGGAAAAAGACGAGGGCGCCGACCUUGUCGCGAAGAAUCGGCUAUUCCCGAAGAAGGAGCGCUAUCAACGAGGAUGGAUUGAUGGCCUUGACCGAACAAUCGUGCGCAAAGAAGAUCCCCUCGUCAACUUGAAGGCAACAGCUGAGCUCAAACGGCGCGAAAUGCUCGCGAAUCCGGUGAUGCGCAUGAAGAUGGAGAAGGCGCUGAAGGAGAUGAUGAUGGAGAAAAUGGAGGGAAAUUCGAAGAAGAAGAGCAAGAAGGAAAAGAAGUCGAAGAAGGACAAAAAGAAGAAGGGCUCGGACGAUGACUCGGAUUCUGAGGAGGAUAUUAAAAAGGCCAAGAAGUCUCGCCGGGAUUCAAGUGACGAUGAGAAAUCGAAGAAGAAGAAGCAUAAGAAGAAGGCAACGUCAUCAGAUUCCGAGGAAAGCGAGGCAGAGAAAAAAUCGAAAAGAAGGCGUCACGAUAGCAGCUCGGAGGAGGAGAAGUCCAAAAACAGGCCAGAAAAAUCGCCAGAACCCAAGGCUCGAGCAGAGCGGAGAGAUUCUAGGACAGAAAAGGAGCGGGACCGACCUGCUAGAAGACGUCACGACAGCCGCUCACCAGAUUCAAGAUCUCCUCCCAGAAAUCGUCGUUCUCAUCGCCCUUCUCCGCCAGUUCGGAGAAGAGACGAUCGCAGGGAACCUGCUAGAAGAUCCCGGUCUCCGAGAAGACGCGAAGCCCCUCCGCGCCGUCGUCACGAUUCGGAUUCGUCGAAAUCGAGGUUCCCGCCUCGGCGCCAACGAACACCAGAGGCCUAUCGAUCUCGGGAUGGCGGCCAUGGAGACAGGGACCGUCGCCCGAGAUCGAGAUCCCCAAUCGAAAAACCGAAGCGACGCCGUCACGACAGUUCUUCGGAUGCCCGCAGCAGGUCUCCGGUGAAGAGAAGAAGCCCAGAAGCCAGUCGCCCUCGUCGCAGAGACAGUACACCAGAGAAGCCGAAGAGACGCAGACAUGACAGCUCCUCUUCAGCAGCCUCCAAGUCACCGAAGCGUGCAAAGAGGGAUUCCGAUCGACGCCCCGCGACCCCUGAAAAAUCGGUGAAGCAAGAGCCAGCUUCUUCGCCCGAAAAAGAGGGCUCUGGCGAUGAGGCUCCAGGAUAUGGCAUGGAAAUCCCGACUCAUAUUUUGGAGGUAAAACGAUCUCCCGGCUCCCCGGAUGAUGCCUAUGACAAGGAAGAGACGGCAAAGAAGGAGAAGUAUUCCGGUUUCGGUCUGGUGAACGUGAAAAAGAAGGGCGAAGAAGAGGAAGCCGGGCCUUCGGAUGGCAAGUACGUGUCGAAGUUCUGGUCAAAUCGGCAGCUGGAGGAGAAGCUAAACCAGCGGCCCACCGAGCGGAAGAAGCUCAGCGAGAAGGAGAAGGCCGAAAAGCUGGCGCAAAUGCAGGCCAACGUCGACUGGCACUACAAGAAGCGUGACGACAACAUCAAGCAGGCCGCCGAGCGCGAUCAGCAAGAGGAGGAAGAGGACGCGCAGCGGAAGCCGGCUUCGUUUAUUCGUGAUAUGGUGAGCAGCGCGCACGACUCGCUGACCGUGGAGAAGCGGCUGAACGCGAACAAGAAGAACUUGCAACGCGACCACGGCUACAUGGACAAGACGUUUGCGCGGAAA